UGCUCCUGAGCAUCACUGUGAAGUCUGGAAAACACGUCAUCCGCCAGAAUUAUAUGACGAGGUGGGACCGAGAGGUGGCCACGGAGUUCACAAGCUUGACAGUAACUGAUGCCCUCCUUGCACUUGCAACCGCUAAGACUGUUCCCGAGUGUGCACCAGUGGAACCCAACAUCUGCACCGACUGGGGUAAUGAGAGCGGUCCUGCCGGCACCUCCGCGUUCGCUUGGAACGUGGCGCAGCAGAGGUGUACACGGGUGUCGUCUGACGCGUACUGCGUGCGAGGGUCAGCGGCUGGAUUCUUCCGCGACGUGAACGAGUGCUCUUUAGCGUGCGAAGACGGCAAUGCCCGCCACUACCGUCCAGCGUCUGCGGAGAAGUACGCGCCGUGUACGGACGUGGACCAAGACGCUGUCCAAGUGAGGCGGUGCACGGCUGAAGACCUGCUGUAUCCGGCUUACUUUAAUGGGACUGUCUGCAAGGAAGAGCACGAGAUAGGGCAGUGUCGGUACCAUUGCCGGUCAGCCAGUUUCCAGACAAUCGAGUUGUGCAAGGAAACCUGUCUUGGCAAAGACAAAGAUGGGCAAGACAACCCCUGUAGGGUGACCAAGCCAUCGUUCGAAUGCCGCGACGAACUGAAGCUGUUGACGGCCAAAUACGACUCUCACGUGAGACGCUGCCGCACGGUCCAGAUCUGCCUCGGCGGAGGCUACAACACCAUUGAAGAGUGCAUCCAACACUGCGGAGGCAAAAGCCUUUUUGAUGCGGUGGCGUCAGACUGA